AUGGGAUUUGGAGACCUCUUAAAAGUUGUUGGGAGCUUUGGACGUUUUCAGUUUACCCUUAUCUCUGUACUGUCAAUUCCUUCAAUGUUUCUAGCAUGCCAACACUUAUUGCAAAACUUUUCUGCUGCUACACCAAAUCACCACUGCAAGAUUCAGCUCCAUGAAAAUGAUAGCCUCCACUUCGAAAAUCUGAGCACACAGGACUUACUGAGAGUGUCUCUUCCACUGGAUAUGAAGAAUAAACCAGAAAGUUGUUUUAAGUACACCGAGACAGCAUGGCAUCUCCUUGGUCUAAAUGACACACGUGUAAAUGGUACCAAGAUAGAAAGGGAACCUUGCACGGAUGGAUGGCUAUAUGACACAAGCAUAGGUCAAUCAACCAUAGUUACAGAGUGGGAUCUAGUGUGUGAGUGGCGCUCCCUAAAGCAGAUUGGCCAAAGUGUAUAUAUGGGAGGGCUGUUGCUAGGAGCCAUUGUGUUUGGAGGACUAUCUGACAGGUUUGGACGGAAGGCAGUUAUGCUGGGGUGCUGCUUGCAGAUAGCUGUUACAGGAACGUGUGCAGCUUUGUCUCCCAAUUUCACUGCUUACUGCAUGUUCCGCUUCCUAUUAGGAAUGGCUGCUUCUGGUAUUUUACUCAGUGCAACAUCUAUUGUUGUUGAAUGGGUUCCUGACAAAUGCCGUGCUGUUACUGGUUCUUUGGGUGGCUACUUCUUUACAGUUGGACAGCUGGUCUUAACAGGUCUAGCAUAUGCCAUUCAGAACUGGCGUUGGCUACAGUUUGCUACGGCUGCUCCUUAUUUCAUCCUUUUUGUUGUCCUAUGGUGGAGUCCGGAAUCUGCUCGUUGGCUGGUUUUAAAUAAUAAAUCUGAAGUCGCUGUGAAGCAGUUAAAGCAAGUCGCGAAAAUCAAUGGAAGAAAGGAAGAAGGCGAGAAGGUGACUGCAGAGCUUGUGAACUCCAGCAUGCAAAUGGAACUCCAGGCAGCAAAGAGCAGAUUCACCAUAGCUGACCUAGUAAAAACAGCAAGUAUCCGCAAGAUAUCCUUCUAUGUUUCUCUUUUAUGGUUUUCAAAUAGCUUUGCUUAUUAUGCACUGGCUAUGGAUCUUCAAAACUUUGGCUUUAAUAUUUAUUUGAUCCAGGUAGUUUUUGGUGUCAUCGAUAUUCCAUUCAAGUUAAUUUCUACUAUAACCAUGAACUUCAUUGGACGGCGUUUCAACCAGUUUGCCUGUCUCAUCCUACCUGGGUUGGCAAUAAUGUCAAGCCUGUUUUUACCUGAAGAGGAAAUAGAAGCUAUUUUGAAAGAAGAUUGCCAGACAAAGAAAUUAUAUGCCAUGACUAUUAAAGAAACUGCAGGGAAAGUGAUGAGAGAUAAACAGAGGAGAGGAAAUGUCAACACUCAAAGAAAAUUGAUGGUGAGAAUUCAGAACAAAGAAGAAGAAAAAGAAAUGACCAGGUAUGACAUUUGGAAUAAUUUAAUAGUCUCAUUCAGCGUCAAGGCUCAGGAGAUAAUGGAUAAGGGUUUUAUUGCAUUUAUUGUAGGCAUAGGUUCCCUUCUUGGGGAGUCCAUGAACAAUGAGUCUUACCUUGGGGCUGCUCAUCUGAAUCCCCUUGUGCUUUUUGCAAGGGGUUUUGCUUAUGCCAUUAAUGAGAGAACUGAACUUAUUAUGCUGAAGGGUUUUCUGCCUUCAGGUGACUCUUGGGCCUCUAGCAAAGAGGACAAGAGGGUAAAAGGCCAAGGACCUGUUUCCAUAAGGGACCGUAAGCAGUUAGAUGUGUCUGACUUUCAGGUCCACCAGAUCUGA